GUCUUGUAGCAUGAGGUUUUGAGAACAUAAGCAGAAGUGACAGCUUCAAUACCAAAGGAAUUGGGUGAAAGGUUCUGUCCAAGGCAAUUGUGCAUACAGAGAUUGGAUCAGACAGACAAGAUGCAUGUGGUCCUGGUGUGGCUGAUGGCUACACUUCUCUCCUUCCCACUGCUUACACUAUGUGACCCACUCUUCAUCAUGUCUGCCCCAAAUCUGCUGAGGGUGGGUGGAAAUGAGAACGUGUUUGUGGAGGCUCAGGAUUAUGCUGGCAAUGAUUUUAUUGUGAAAGUAAUGGUGAAGAACUACCCACAAAAAACAGUAGAGCUAACGUCCACCUCAGUCACCCUCAGAGCCUCUGCUAGCUACCAGGCACUUGUGAACAUUAAGAUCCCUGAUAAAAGGGACUACUUCAGUGAUGACCCCCUGCAGAAGCAGUAUGUGUACCUGCACGCACAGUUUCCCACAAGAGUGCUUGAGAAAGUGGUCAUGGUUUCCUUCCAGUCAGGCUACAUAUUCAUUCAGACAGAUAAGUCCAUCUACACUCCCAGCAGCACAGUUCUCUACAGGAUCUUCUCAGUGUCAUCUCAUCUGGAGCCUCUUGACCAGGGUGGAAUCUCAGUCGAUAUCAUAAAUCAUCAAGGAAUUUCAAUUCAUAGGGAUACGAUCUUCUCUAAGCAAGGAACUCUGACUGGGAAGUAUUCUAUCCCUGAAAUUGCCAGUUCUGGAAUAUGGUCUGUAGCAGCAUGGUUCAAAAAUGCCCCACAAAAGAACUUCACUGCUGAAUUUGAAGUUAAAGAAUAUGUGCUGCCGACCUUUGAGGUCACCUUAAAACCAUCCAGGUCUUUCUUCUAUGUGGAUGAUGUGGAUUUUAAAGUGAACAUAAUUGUCACAUACCUUUUCGGCAAGAAAGUGGAUGGAAGUGCGUUUGUGGUGUUUGGCGUGAUGCAAGGUGACAGCAAGACAAGCCUGCCAGCUUCUUUAAGUAGAGUACAGAUCACUAAUGGAGAGGGUGAUGUAACGCUGACAAAAGCGAUGAUCCAGAAAACUUUCCCAGAUGUUCACAAACUAGUUGGAAACUCUAUAUACAUAUCUGUCAGUGUUUUAACAGAUACCGGUAGUGAAAUGGUGGAAGCACAGAGGAGGGGCAUUCAGAUUGUGACAUCACCCUACACCAUCCACUUUAAAAGAACCCCAAAAUUCUUCAAGCCUGGAAUAUCUUUUGAUGUUAUGGUUUAUGUGACAAAUCCUGAUCAGACACCUGCUGAAAAUGUGCAAGUGGAGGUUAGCCCCGGAGCAGUACUGGGUCGCACCAAAGACAACGGCAUGGCAAAGGUCACAGUCAAUUCUCAGGGAGGAGCCUGGAAUCUACCAAUCACUGUAAAAACCAAAGAUCCACAGUUAACUAAUGACAGGCAAGCUGUAAACCAGAUGACUGCUCUACCAUACACUAGCAAAAAAGGCUCCAAUAAUUACCUUCACAUUGGCAUAGAUGCUUCAGAACCAGUGAUUGGUGAUCAGAUCAAAGUCAAUCUGCAUUUUGGCAAGAGCCCAGGUGUCCAAAAUCAAGAUUUCACUUACUUGGUCCUCAGUAAAGGCCAGAUUGUACAAGCAAAGAGGUUUAAGAGACAAGGACAGUCUCUCGUGACACUGACUCUGCACAUCACCAAGGACAUGGUGCCCUCGUUUCGGGUGGUGGCGUAUUACCAUGUGGGAUCCUCUGAGGUGGUGUCUGAUUCAGUCUGGGUUGACGUGAAGGACACUUGCAUGGGAACGCUGGAAGUGAGCGUGAAGGAUCCCAAGGGAAGCUAUGAGCCGGGGGAUGACUUUGUUCUCACAAUCACUGGAGAUCCAGGUGCCAAAGUUGGUUUGGUAGCUGUGGAUAAAGGCAUCUUUGUGCUCAACAAGAACAGACUAACGCAGACCAAGAUCUGGGACAUCAUUGAGAAGCACGACACAGGUUGCACAGCUGGCAGUGGUAAAGACAGUAUGGGAGUUUUCUAUGAUGCAGGUCUGCUGUUUGAGUCCGACAAAGCAGGAGGGACCGAUUCCAGAACAACACCUGAUUGUCCUGCUCCACUAAAUAGAAAACGGAGAGCUAUAAGCCUACUACAAAUCACUACCACACUCAUUGGUAAGUACAGUGGUGAUCUAAAGAAAUGUUGUGGAGAUGGCCUGAAGAAGAACAACCUGGGGUACACGUGUGAACGGAGGGCUGCGUUCAUCACAGACGGUGCAGAGUGUAUCGGGGCUUUCCUGCACUGCUGCACGGUGAUGCUGACACACACAAAGAAGGAGAGGGAGGAGGAGCUGUACCUGGCUCGCAGUGAAGAAGAUGAUGAAGCCUACCUAAACCCUGAUGAUAUCAUAUCACGUACUCAGUUCCCUGAGAGCUGGCUAUGGGAGGACCCGGAGCUACCACCCUGCCAAGGAAACCAGCCAUGUGUGACCACAACUCUCACCAUGAAAGAAAACUAUCUGAAAGACUCCAUUACUACCUGGCAGGUGCUGGCCAUCAGUCUGUCUAAGACCCAUGGUAUUUGCGUAGCUGAUCCUUAUGAAAUGGUAGUUGUGAAGGACUUCUUUGUGGACCUGAAGUUGCCUUACUCAGCAGUGCGCAAUGAGCAAUUAGAAAUCAAGGCCAUUCUGCACAACUAUUCAAAUAGGAGGCUUGAGAGAAUGCGUGUGGACUUCUUAGAGACAGAGCACAUCUGUAGUGCAGCCAGCAAGAAGGGCAAGUUCCGUAUGGUGGUUUCCAUUGAUGCCAGGUCCUCCAGGUCCGUUUCGUACAUACUCAUUCCAAUGGAAAUCGGGGAACACUCCAUCGAAGUGAAGGUUUCAGGCAAGACUCGCUCUGAUGGAGUGAGGAAGACCCUGAAGGUGGUGUCUGAAGGAGUUUUAAAAAAAAAGGUGGAACUAAAUGAGGUGCUCAACCCCUCAAAAUACCCAGAUGGAGUGCAAAAUGUGUAUGUGAAAACUGAAAUACCAGAUGGACAGAUUCCAAACAGUCCUGCUGACACGUACAUCACUGUGUCAGGUCAAGAGGUCAGUCAGACUAUCGAGCAGGCCAUCAGUGGCGAGUUCAUGGGUCGCCUUAUUGUGCAGCCCCACGGCUGUGGUGAGCAGAACAUGAUCUUUAUGACCCUGCCCCUCAUCGCCACGCACUACCUAGACAGCACAAAGCAGUGGGAGGGAGUUGGUGCGAGCCGGCGUGGCGAAGCCAUCAAACACAUCCAGACAGGUUACGAAAAAGAGUUGACUUUCCGUAAACAGGACGGCUCAUAUGGUGCUUGGAUCAACACACCCAGCAGCACAUGGCUGACUGCAUAUGUAGGCAAAGUCUUUGCACUGGCCAGUGAUCUCGUUGCCAUCCAGGAAAACGUUCUCUGCAGCGCUCUCAAGUGGCUCAUUCUGAACACGCAAAUGCCAGAUGGCAUGUUUAAAGAGGGCGCGCCUGUGUAUCACGGAGAGAUGGUCGGUGAUGUGCGAGGGAAGGAUUCUGAUGCAUCACUGACAGCAUUUGUUGUCAUUGCCUUGCAAGAGGGCCACAAACUCUGUGCCAAAUUUAUAAAUAAUCUUCCAGACAGCAUAAAGAAGGCCAUCGAGUAUCUGGAACGUAAAAUUCCCACUUUAACCAAUCCAUACGCUGUUGCCAUGACUUCCUACGCCAUGGCCAAUGCUGACAAAUUCAACAAAAAGCUCCUGAUGAAGUACUCCUCUGGAGAUGGUUCUUACUGGCAAGUUCCUAGAGGGCUCCACUUCUCCCUAGAGGCCACGGGCUACGCCCUGCUGGCUCUGGUGAAGGCAAAGGAGUAUGACGCGGCAGGGAAAGCAGUGCACUGGCUCAAUAAGCAAAGCAGCCCGUAUGGGGGUCACGGCACCACUCAGGCAACCAUAAUAGUGUUCCAAGCUGUGGCAGAGUACUACAUGCAGGUGAAGAAAAUUCAGAAUAUGGACUUGCAAGUGGACAUUGUUGUGACUGGACGAAAUAGACCCAUUAGUUGGAUUUUCAAAAAUGAAUAUUCACAUCUCACACACUCUGAAAAGGUUAAGCUUAAGCAGGAAUUUAAGGUUACAGCUAAAGGAACUGGUAUGGGAUCUCUCCAAGUGUGGACAGUAUACUAUGCUAGGCCUAUUGAGAAGCAGAGCGAUUGUAAAAUGUUUAAUCUUGCUGUUAAGAUGGGAGUUGAAGCUCGUGUAACGUAUCCAGGAGCUAAGGAAAGUUAUUUGCUCACCAUUGAAGCCGUGUAUAUGGAUCCAAACAGAGAUGCCACUAUGUCUAUUUUGGAUGUGGGCUUGCUGACAGGCUUUGUGGUGGAUGAGAAUGAUCUGGCAGAUUUAACAACUGGAAGUGACAAAUACAUUUCGAAGUUUGAGAUGGAUAAACAGCUUUCAGAACGAGGCUCCCUCAUCAUCUAUGUAGAUAAGAUAUCUCACAGGGAGGCAGACAGGAUUGCUUUCAGACUGCACAAGGUCACAGAGGUGGCAAUGCUUCAACCUGCUGCUGUUAGUGUGUAUGAGUAUUACUCUCCAGGGAACCGCUGUGUAAAGUUCUACCAUCCUAUAAAGAAAGGUGGUGCUCUAACCAAACUGUGUGAUGACCAGGAGGGCCUCUGUCAGUGUGCUGAAGAAAACUGUAGCAUCCAGAAGAAAGAGAAAAUUAAUGAGGGUGAUCGGGACCUAAAAGCUUGCGAAGCUGGCAUGGACUACGUUUACAAAACCAAAGUAGUAAGUAUGGAUUUCACACCAUAUACAGACACCUACAAGAUGAAGAUUGAAAAGGUCCUGAAAAUAGGCUCUGAUGUAGGUGUGGAAGGACAGGUGAGAAGCUUCAUAGGUCAUGCCAACUGUAAGGAAUCAUUUGGAUUUGAGGAAGGCAAGACCUACCUCAUCAUGGGCCAGAGCAUCGACCUACCAAGGGCAGGAGGAAGACUGCAGUACAUCCUAGGCGAGAAGACUUGGAUUGAAUACUGGCCCACGAGUGAGGAAGGACAAACUGCAAAAUACAAAGAUAGAUACAUUGGCAUCACUCAGCUUUCUCAGACUCUCCAUGACUUUGCAUGCUCUACAUAAACAUGUUUUGAUUAAA